AUGGUAACCAUGUUUGGCAUGUCAGAUAUUGGACCUUGGGCGUUAACUGAUCCUGCAGUUCAAAGUAGCGAUGUCGUGCUAAGGAUGCUUGCCAGGAAUUCCAUGUCAGAGAAACUUGCGGAAGAUACUGAUUCAUCAGUUAGGAAAAUAAUUGAAAAUGCAUAUGAGGUUGCAAAGAAUCAUAUCAGGAAUAACCGCGAAGCCAUUGACAAGCUAGUAGAAGUGUUGCUGGAGAAAGAAACUCUUACAGGAGAUGAGUUCAGAGCAAUCCUGUCUGAAUUUGUUGAUGCACCUGCAGUAAAAAUUGACAGAACUCCUGUUCGUGAGAUGAUCAAUGCUUGAGUAACUGUACAACCAUACCUAGUUCAGAUAACAUUGUAUAUAUAAAGUGUAGUAAGCAAUAUUUAUAGAGAACAAUCUUGUUCAUCCAAUUUCCAAAGCUAUGAAAU